UGCUGUUUCCUAUUAGGACGGUUCAAAGUCCAAAAUUGAAGGGGUGGUCAAUUUUUGGGUUUUGUAAUAUUUGGAAAGUGUAAACCCCGUUCUAUCUAAAUCCAAUUUUUUGGCGCAAUUAGACAUUUACAAACAUCAUUUUUAGACCAAUUUUGACGAUGGCAUUGUUCGUGUCUGGUCAGAAAUCUUGAAACAAUGUCGGAGACAAAGACGCAAAGCCGCCUGAUUUUGUAACAUUGUCACCCUCCUAUCGCGUGAUUGCUUAUACGUACCCACUUGAUUUUGGUAUCGUCCGAAAGCUGGUGACGUGGCCUUUUUAUUUUCAGUAAGGUAACCCUUGACCUUUCAUUCAUAAAUAAAAUACAAGAGAGUUUAUUCGGUUGUCAUCGAUGUAAACAAACAGCCCUUGUUGCCAACGCUUGUCGUUUUAAGGACUGUGAUUGGUUUAAUGCUACCACAUGAUCUUCUGCGCAUGCGCUCGAGUGUUGUCCGAGCUAGCUCCGUACACGUACACGUACGUACACAUACAAUCAAUGUACAUUGUACAUGUACAUGGCGCAUGCAUGAAAAUGGCAGCGUUUAUGUGUCAAUUCUUUCGUUUGAUUUUGUGAGGAUUUCAAUAUUAUGAAAUAAUAAAAUGUCCGACGAAGACCGAAUCAAGAUUGCACUCAACGAUUCUCGUAUUUUGGGCCUCAAUGCCGCUGAAUACGAUGCACUUGGAGAGCUUUUUACGGAGUUCUUUUCCAGCGAUAACCACGGUGAUGCUUCGGACAGUCACGACAGUGUCAGUGCGAGCGAUCGCGAGUCGUCAGAUUCUGAUUCCGAUGCCGGCGGCCGCUGGAAAGAGUCUGCUUCUGACGGGGAAAAUGAAAUGGACAACGCAGAAGAACCCAUGGAUGUUGAUGACAACGAUGAUCUUGAACCAAUCGUUGUUGAAAAUGUUGCGGCCAACAUCAUUCAGGAUAUAGGAAUGGAUGAUUGGGUUUCCCCUGAUGCUGAGGAGGAGCUGGAGAAAGUGAGGAACUUCAACAAGUGCAGAUGCCGCAACCAUCAAUGUCUGCAAAAGUUUGACAGUGGAUUCAUCAUCAAACUUCGUCGCCAAAUGAGUGAUGCGACACUCACCAAGUCCGAGAAGAAGAUGUUCCUACUUGGCAAGUUGAGUACGACACUGAACAACAGUCAAACUACAAAUUGCAAGAAACGUCCCCGACAGAAAGUCCGACAGCGAUCGAGAACCGAGUAAUUUGUUGAAGGAGUGAAGGUCUGUCGUGAAGUUUUCCAGUUCAUGCACAACGUUUCUAACAAUCUGCUCACGAGUCUUGCCAAGCACUAUAAACAUGAAGGAGCUGCCCCCCAUAAGAUCACAUCAGGAGGAAGGAAGUUUAAUACAAGGGCUCUGACG